UGUGGACUCACUGUAGCUGCAGAUGGCUCCUGUGGGCCUGCGAUGCCUUCUCUUGACUGCUGCCCUGGUUUGGCACUGGGUGCCAGCAGGCUGCUAUUCCAACGGCAAGGUCACUUCCGCCUGUUACGGUAUGGAGCCCCAACAUAGAGCCACCGCUCAGACCUCCCCCAGCCCGCACCGCCUCACAGUCAACACCAUCGGGUUCAGUCCAGGAGACCAGAUCCAAGUUGUUCUCUCUGGGAAUCCGGAUUUUGAGGGGUUCCUGCUUCAGGCCAGAGAUGCAGCCUAUCCGGACUCAGUAUACGCGAUAGGAACCUUCAGCCUGACUGAUCCAAAGAGGACUCAGCUGCUCACCUGUAACAACAUCAAGGGUUCAGCGGUGAGCCAUACGAGCUCUGUCAGGCAGAAGGAGGUGGUCGUCACCUGGACGGCUCCCUCAGAUUCUCCGAUGAGGGUUCAGUUCUUUGUAACUGUGGUAUCCAGGUUCAGGGUAUUUUGGGUGAAGGUGCCUGGACCAAUUAUCUAUCAGCAUGGAUUCACUCCCUUCCCAACGCAGCCAGAGACCAUCCCCCCUCCGAACACGCCCUCCAUCCUGCCCGGGCCUUUUACCUCAGAGGGAUGUGGCCGAACAAAGACCUGCCUGCAGGAUCCUCCUGGCUGUGACCCCGAUAAAGACUAUGACUGCUUCUUCUUGUCCAUGACUGCAGAGGAACCAACGCAGUCCGUCAUGUUCGAGCUGAGCGGCCCAGACGAUGGAUAUGUGGCCUUCGCUCUGUCUUUGGACACUUGGAUGGGCGAUGACGACGUGUACAUGUGUGUGAAAGAUGGGGACAGAGUAUCAGUGAGUGCUGCCUUCUCCCGUGGACGAGCUCAGCCUGAGGGAAACUCACAGUCGGGUCUCUCCAUGGUUUCAUGGCGGCUGUCACACAAAGCGAUGCAGUGCAGGUUCAGUAGACCGGUCAGUCUGCCAGCACAACGCUUCAACCUGGACGGAGAAUACUAUCUGUUCCUGGCUCAUGGAUUGGCCCUGCGCGGGAGAAUACAAUACCACAGCCGGCAGCCGUUAAUCUCCACUCACAGAAAACUCAUCACUGGACCCCCUGAAGUCCUGAGUGGUUCCCGGGCAUCUAUUCUUAUGAAAAUGCAUGGUGCUCUGAUGGUGGUAGCAUGGAUGCUAACAGGAAGUAUCGGUACUUUCAUUGCCAGCUACUUUAGAUCUGAGUGGCCAAAUCAAUCUAUUCUUGGGGAGAAAGUCUGGUUCCAGCUUCACAGGGGUCUGAUGGUGCUGACUCUGGUUCUGACCGUUGUAGCCUUUAGCCUCCCGUUUGUCUACAGGGGCGGUUGGAGCUCGGAUGCAGGUGCUCAUCCAUACCUAGGCUGCACUGUUCUGACAUUAUCUCUGAUUCAACCAAUAAUAGCUGUACUCAGACCUCCGCCUGACUCAGACAGGAGGUAUAUCUUUAAAUGGGUCCACCUUGGAUUGGGGACGGUGGCAGAGGCUUUGGCAGUGGUUGCCAUAUUCCUGGGGAUGCGUCAGUCGUCACUGCUCCUCCCUCAGGCAGCAUCCUCUGUUCUGUUUGCCUACUCGAUGUGGCUGGUCUGUAACAGGAGCUUGUUCCUGUCUUUGAAGUACCUCCAGCUGACAAACUCAAGGAGGUAUGCUUAUGAACAAAACCGAGAGCAGUUCAGUCAAUGGGUCUCCUUAGUGAGGACUCGGCUCCUGCUGUUCUUUGUCGUGGGAAACGUUGCAUUGCUGGUGGCCUUCUUGUAUUUCCUCUCUCAAGUUUGACAUUAAAAACAUGUAAAAAGUAAUGACUGCAUGUUUUUGGAAAAAUUGGAAAAAACUUGAUGACAAAAUGAUGACUCCAGACAUGUCGCAAUUUUUUUUCCUCAAAGUUAAAAUUUUGCUCACAAAGCAGAAAAACAUGAAAAAGUGAAAACGUAUCUUCUGAGGUUAAAUGGCAGGAAAUUGAAAAAAGGUGUGAACCACACCUGACAGCAUGCUCAGCAGACCACAUGAAUCUUACUACUUUGAAAUGUUUUUGCUCAUAUUCAGGUUUUGCUUCUCUGAACUUUAAGAUUUAAAUGACUAUCAGAAUUUGUAUUUUAAUUAUUUUUUCGUGGUAUUAUUUCUGUGCAGGAGCACUCCCUGCCCUUGUUGUAUGAUUAAAUAAAGAAAUGUCUCUGUA